GCAGGGCCAGCACAGCCGUGGCCGCGCGCGAGGAUCCGGCAAUUCACCGUUUUUUCACGUGGCCGUUCUUUUUGUUUUUUUGAAGUCCACGUGUCUCUCUCUCAUUUGACUUUGCCACGUAGACUGACAGGUUGCCCGUUGGCUCGACAACCAGGACGAUGGCGGCAGCUUUGCGCGGCGCGACCGCCGCCGCCGCCAUAGCCAGUCGAUCUGAGCUCUGUGUCGGCUGCCAGACACGUGCGAACCGUUCAGCGCAAUCCGCCGCAUCGAGGAAGCCACGUGUCUCUUUCUCUCUCUGCCACGCUGGAUGCAGCGGACAACGCGGGCCGUCGAGCUCAUCGUCGUCGAUGCUGUUGAUGAGAUUAUUGUCAUCUCCAUUGCCAGCACCUUCAACUGGAGGCAGCAUUAGAUGCAGGGGAAGUGCCGACGACGGUGAUCAGUUCUUGAUAUUGUCGAGUGGUGGUAUGGAAGAGGAAGCGCAGCGGCGGCGAGGCAAGCAAGGGGCGGGGGCGAAGGGAAUCCUUGCCACAUCGACGGCAGCUGUGACGGCGCGAACACGUGGCGAGGCGUGGAUGGACGACACGGGGUUGUUAAUCACGCCGACGAGCGGGCCUGCGGGCAUGCCUCGCUCGCUCGAUUCGGUUGACGUCAACAGCAUGAUGAUGCGGCAAAGGAUCGACAGGACAGGCGCGGUAAAAGGACAGGACAGCAGGGGUAGAAGGAAUGACAGCAGCCGCGUCUGUUUCGGCCUGGCAGCAUCUAUGGGUGCGUUUCUGCUUUGUGCUGGUACGAAGGGCAAACGAUACGCAAUGCCAAAUGCAAGGAUAAUGAUCCAUCAGCCUCUUGGAGGGGCACAAGGCGCGGCAAUUGAUGUGGCACUACAAGUGAGAGAAAUGAUCUACCACAAGUUGAAAUUGAAUAGAAUCAUGGCUUACCUCACCGGCAAAACAGAAGAGCAGAUUGAGAAGGACACAGAUCGGGAUUAUUUCAUGACGGCAUGGGAGGCGAAGGAGUACGGGUUGGUCGAUCACGUGGUCGACGAUGGGAAACCAGGGCUUGUCGCACCCAUUGGAGAGGUGAAAGAAAGAAAGGCAUCGGAGUGGGAGUACUUCAAAGUGCGCGAGGGGAAGGCAAGAAGAGACCUUCCAUCAGAGGUAAAACUAAUGCCAACAAAGUGAACAGACCUGAGCCGCCACGGCGUGCUGUGUGGACUGAUCCUUUCUGCGGGACACUGUCAUUCCCCGCUUCCCUCUCUGCCCUGGCGAGUACAACACACGGUGGAAACUAUAGGCUACUGCCAGUUCACUGCAGCCGAUUACUGACUUAAGGAGUGGAGUGAGUGUGUUUUUGUGAGUGUGUGUGUGUGUGUGUGUGUGUGUGUGUGUGUGUGUGUGUGAGAGAGAGAGAGAGAGAGAGAGAGAGAGAGACAGAGAGAGACAGAGAGAGACAGAGAGAGAUAGAAAAGUAGAGAGAGAGAGAGAGAGAGAGAGAGAGAGAGAGAGAGAGAGAGAGAGAGAGAGAGAGACAGACGCUCGUUGUGUUGACGAUUUGAGACUGGCCUUCUGCUAUGCCUAGGAGACAGAGGAGAGAGGAAUUACGUAUCAUGCGUGUUUCUGCACUGGUGGUUCUUCAGCUAGCAGCUGUGACUGUAUGGGUGGCCGCACGUACAUAAUACAUGUUGAAGGAGCAAGAGCUCCGAGAAUGCGUCUGCAGGUUGAAAGUGCAGCUGACAGCUGCGAGUGCGUUGUUGGCGGGUGGUUGGUUCUCUAGUGAUUAGGGCGCGUUUCAGGUUUAGGGAGUUUGGGCAACGUUAACUAGGCUUCGCUUUUCUUACUUUUGUUUUGGGUAUUUUAAUAUUUGGCAAUCUUCCAACUGUUUUUCGAUGAAGCUUGACACUCUUGUCCUCUUGUGGGGGAUCGUGGACGUUCCUUUUUUAUUUUUUCAGAUUUUUCUCAGUUCUAAUUUCUAAUGUUUCUGCUUUUGCGGAGUGCUUCCGAGCCUUCUGUUGCCUCUUGCUGUGCAGAGCUUUGACAUCAGGUUUGCAUGAACAUU